GUUUAAACCAUUACAAAUCAAUCAAGAAUUAUUGAUCCAUUAUCAAUGGGGAAACUGAUUUGCUGAGAGUUAAAGAGAACAAUCUAAAACUAUGAAUUCGGAAAGAUAGUGAUAGAGUAUAUAGACUCGGACCCCCGGGUCUCACGACUAUUGGGCCCGGACAGCGGCCCACAUACCCUCAGUAGAUAGCAUUUGUCUCAUUGUACACUUUAUUUAUUCAGAUGUAUCCAUUAGAAUAGAUUAGAUAUCAUUUAUUAGCCCUUUAUUAGCCUUUUAUUGUAACUGGGCCAGCCAGGCCCAAGCCUGGAAGCCCAGCCCUCUUUUCUCCUAUAAAUACUCCCUAUGGGAGCCAUGUAAAGGGGGGGAUGAUUGGAUGGUUGAUUGGAAUUCAUUAUACAUAUCACUUUAUCUCUCUAGCUCUCCCUUCUCUCUAAGAUUAAAUAAUCUAUCAUUUGGUGCUUUCAUUGAGAGCUAGAAUAUAUCAAGUGAGAUCCUCCCAUCCACUACACCUCCAAUAAAAUUAGGAGCAAAUUGGUCCUUCGGCCAUAUGUCACCAUAGCUCCCAUAUUCUCAAAAAAAAUUGACACCUCAGCUAAAUGAGACAAAGUAUGCCUUCGGUUGGGAAAAGAGUCAUCCCCUCUUGUCAUCUAUAAUGUACUACGUACAUUCAAAAGGAAAGGAAUAGCAGCCUGGGCCGUAGUUGCUGCACAUCGGCCAGACCACUUGCACGCUGCACGGCCCUCCCAACAUACUAAAACAAAGGAAAAAGUCAAGCAAAGAGAUGGUGGGACCUUCGGCAAGCCUCAGCUAAAGCAAAAUGCCACCUCGGCCUAGUUGGGGAAGGGAUGGCCUCUCAGCCAGAGAUCUCCUCGGCCAGAAUAAAGGCAGUAGAGUUGAUCACUUCCGGAAAAAAGAACCCCGUCUCCACCAAGUGAUGACCAGUACCCAGGGCACCACCUCGGCAAAGGGCCUCGCAUCGGCUAUGGACGCCACUUCGUCCAUCCCAACUUGAGGUCACCAACAGCCCAUCGUCUCCACCAGGUGUGCACCAUCGGUCAGCGGCAUCAGCUAGCGACAUGAGCCAGACUGCACCGGCCAGCAACUGCGUCGGCCGGCACUGCGUCGGCCAGCAACGCCCUCUUCCAGCAACCGCAUCGGCCGGCAACACAUCGGCGCACCGCACCUGCUAAAAGGGGGGCACCGCAUCGUCUGGCUUCGCAUUGCCCGGCACCGCAUCGUCCGAUACCACAUCACCCGCACCGCAUCGGCCGACACCACAUCUCCGGCACCGUAUCGGUCGGCACCACAUCGGCCGGCACCGCAUCGGCCGACACCACUUCAGCUGGCACCGCAUCGGCCACAACAGGGCCACCCUGUCAAGCGACCGCAUCGUCCGGACCGGACCGCAUCGUCCGGACCGAACCGCAUCGGUAAAAACGGGACCACCCUGUCCGGACCGCAACGGGCAGAACACGACGGCCGGAACUCAUCGGCCAAACCGCGGACCAGCAGCCUUGCUCCAUAGCCUAGCAGCGCCUAGCACAGCCGGGUUGGUUCAGGUGGGGACAUCGGGGAUCUCCUCGUCCACAAUGGGCUCCAGCGACGCGAGGUAUCUCCUUGUCUCUGUUUCACGCUCCUCCUUGCGAACGAGCUUGCAGAUGCUAAGGGGAGUGGACUAAUAUAUGGGCCGGCUGUUUAAUCUCAAAGACUCGGGCUUAUUCUCAAAGAAAAGGCCCAAUCAUUUAUAUAUCCCUGCUGGAAUUCUAAGCAGGGCAGGCUUCGGCCCAAAUACAAGUAAGUGCCACAAACUUUUCCUCCUAUUUCUCGCUUUUAGUAUGGAGCAAAAUACUUUUACCACUAUUCAAAAAAAAAAUAUAUAUAGUUUUACUAACUAUUCAAAGGAAAAACAAAAUAAUAAUAAUAAUAAUAAUAAUAAUUAUUAUUAUCACUACUAUUAUCAUCGCCACCAUUGCUAGCGGAUUAAAAUCCCCAAUUGGUGCGGGCCAAAACCCCAACCUUUCGAACAUCUUUAUUUGAUGAUUCGGAUUUUAUUUGGGUCCCUUGACCUUUCCCGGUCAUCUUUAUUUGAUAACCCGGACAUCUAGAAUGAGAGUCAUCAACGGCCGCACACGACAUUAUGCCUAGAAGCGGUACACCUCAUUCCCCUACACGCUAAUUGCGUCAUCCAAAAGCCGUUGCAAUAAACAACGCACCUAAAGCCGUCGCAAUAAACGACGCACCCAAAGCCGUCGCAAUAAACGACGCACCCAAAGCCGUUGCAAUAAACAACGCACUCAAAGCCGUUGCAAUAAACAACGCACCUAAAAGCCAUCGCAAUAAACGACGCACCCAAAGCCGUUGCAAUACACAACGCACCUAAGGCCGUUGCGAUCCACAACGCGCCUACAAAGCCGUUGCAAUAAACAACGCACCUAAAUAUCGUAUCGGCACAAGCGGUGAAACACCCAAAUCGGCCGGCGAUAUGCAGGACGAAGGACCUGUGUGCAUGGUCCAACGUCUUCAAACGGAGAAGCAUACCGCGUCGUCCGCGCGGAAACCGCAGGACGACAGGCCUGAAUUAAGGCUGAGGUUACAAAAACUCCACCCGUCAGUAAAAUUUCACUCAGGACCACAAAGGGCGGCCGUCAAAAGACGAUGCCUAGUCCGGUCCCUCGUCGCCGAUAGACGUGGAAAGGCAAAAAAGGAUGCCACUGACACACCAAGCCGAGGGCGUAUUUACUCCCUCGCACUAACACACGCGAAAAGCGUAGCGGACAAAAUACCGCACAUGGACGAAGGGACAGUAACCCUUCGGCCAUCCAAAAAAAAAAAAAAAAAAAAAAAGAGGGAAGCCGACGGACCGCGCACUUGCCGGCCUCGAGCAAUAAAAAUAAAUAAAUUCCCCAAACUUAUUAUUCAUCUCAAGACCGGCUCCCAAUGCCGAAGCUCUUGCUCCAUCAUCUCAUGAACGGCCUCCCCAACGCCGUCAUACUUUUAUAUGACGAUCGGCUUCAUCAUCGCCUCGUCAUCAUUAUCCGGAUCGGCUCAUCAUCAUCGCCAUCCGCUCAUCACCACCGGCCCCCCGGCCUCGGCGUGAUGCUUUAUCUCAAGACCGGCCUCCCCAGUGCCAAGUGUCUUGAGCUAGCGACCGAGCUAGCUAUUCCCUUCCGGGAUAGCAACCGUCGCCUCUAUAUGACGAUCGGCUUCAUCAUCGCCUCGUCAUCAUUAUCCGGAUCGGCUCAUCAUCAUCGCCAUCCGCUCAUCACCACCGCCCCCCCCCCCCCCCCCCCCGGCCUCGGGGUGAUGCUUUAUCUCAAGACCGGCCUCCCCAGUGCCAAGUGUCUUGAGCUAGCGACCGAGCUAGCUAUUCCCUUCCGGGAUAGCAACCGUCGCCUCUAUAUGACGAUCGGCUUCAUCAUUGCCUCGUCAUCAUUAUCCGGAUCGGCUCAUCAUCAUCGCCAUCCGCUCAUCACCACCGGGCCCCCCGGCCUCGGCAUGAUGCUUUAUCUCAAGACCGGCCUCCCCAGCGCCAAGUGUCUUGAGCUAGCGACCGGGCUCGCCAUUCCCCUCCUGGAUGGCGACUGUCACUUCUACACGACGAUCGGCUUCAUCAUCGCCUCGUCAUCAUUAUCCGGAUCGGCUCCUCAUCGCCAUCCGCACAUCACGACCGGCCUCCCAGCCUUGGCGUGAUUAUUUCUCCUCAAUACCGGCUUCUCAUUGCCAAGUGUCUUGAGUUGGCAAUCGGGCUCGCCGUCCCUUCCUGGAUGGUGACCGUUGCCUCUAUAUGACGAUCGGCUUCAUCAUCGCCUCGUCAUCAUUAUCCGGAUCGGCUCCUCAUCGCCAUCCGCACAUCACGACCGGCCUCCCAGCCUUGGCGUGAUUAUUUCUCCUCAAGACCGGCUUCUCAUUGCCAAGUGUCUUGAGUUGGCAAUCGGGCUCGCCGUCCCUUCCUGGAUGGCGACCGUUGCCUCUAUAUGACGAUCGGCCUUCACAUCGCCUCGUCAUCAUAUGUUGGACCGGCUCAUUAUCGCCGUCGUCCUUACAUCGCGUCCGGCCUCUCGGCUAAGGCGUGAUACCUUAUCUCAAGACCGGUCUUAGUCAUCCCUUCCCGGAUGGCGACCGUUGCUUGGAUCUUCGGAUCGGCUCAUCAUCAUCGCCAUCCGCACAUCACGAUCGGCCCCCCCGGCCUCGACGUGAUGAUCUAGCUCAAGACCGGCUCCCUUAGCGCCAAGUGUCUUGAGCUAGCGACUGGGCUUGCUAUUCCCUUCCGGGAUAGCAACCGUCGCCUCUACAUGACGAUCGGCUCAUCUCUGCCUCGUCAUCAUCAUUAUUUGGAUCGGCUCAUCAUCAUCGCCAUCCGCACAUCACGACCGGCCUCCCAGCCUUGGUGUGAUUAUUCCUUCUCAAGACCGGCUUCUCAUCGCCAAGCGUCUUGAGUUGGCAAUCGGGCUCGCCGUCCCUUCCUGGAUGGUGACCGUUGCCUCUACAUGACGAUCGGCCUUAUCAUUGCCUCGUCAUCAUAUCUCGGACAUGCUCCUCAGCAUCUUCGUCCUCACAUCACGAUCGGGCCCUUCGGCCACGACGUAAUGCUUUAUCUCAAGACCGGCUCCCUCAGCGCCGAGUGUCUUGAUCUAGCGAUUGGGCUUGCUAUUCCCUUCCGGGAUAGCAACCGUCGCCUCUACAUGGCGAUUGGCCUAUCAUUGCCUCGUCAUCAUACAUUGGACCGGCUUAUCAUAGUCGUCAUCCUCGCAUCGCAGCCGGCCUCUCAGCCAAGGCGCGGUACCUUAUAUCAAGACUGGUCUUAGCCAUUCCUUUACUGGGUGGCGACCAUUGCAUGGAUUUUUGGGUCGGCCCCUCAGUGCCGAUCAUGGCAGGCCCUCGGCCUCGACGUGAUCAUAUUCCCCAAGACCGGUCUCAGUCAUUCCUUCAUCGGAUGGCGACCGUUGCUUGGACGUUUGGCUCGGCCUCAUAGUGCUGACGACCUCGCAUCACGAUCGGCCCCCCGGCCUCGACGUGAUGCCCUAUAUCAACACCGGCUUUGUCAGCGCCAAGUGUGUUGAGCUAGCGAUCGGGCUCCCCAUCCCUUCCGGGAUGGUGACCAUCGCCUCUACAUGACGACCGGCUCAUCUCUGCCUCGUCGUCAUUAUUCGGAUCGGCUACCCAUUAUCGCCAUCCUCAUGUCACGACUGCCGCCCCGGCCUCGGCGUGAUGAUCUAUCUCAACACCGGCUUCAUCAGCGCCGAGUGUGUUGAGCUAGCGAUCAGGCUCGCCAUCCCUUCCUGGAUGGUGACUAUCGCCCCUACAUGGCGACCGGCUUAUCAUCGCCUCGUCAUUGUUAUUUUGGAUCGGCUCCUUAUCACGGCCGUCCUCACAUCACGAUCGGACCCUAGGCCACGAUGUGAUGUCCUAUCUCCGAGACCGGCCUCUCAUUGCCGAAUGUCUUGGGUUAGCGAUCGGGCUCGCCAUCCCCUCCUGGAUGGCGACCGUUGCCUAUAUAUGAUGAUCGGCUCAGCAUUGCCUCGUCAUCGUAUCAUCAGACAGGCGUCCCACGCCCCGUCCUCAUGUUCAGACAGGCGUCCAACGCCUCGUCCGCAUAUAUUCAGACAGGCGUCCAAUGCCUUGUCCCCACAUUCAGACAGGCGUCCAACGCCUCGUCCUCAUAUUCAGACAGGCGCCCAGCGCCUCAUCCUCAUAUUCAGACAGGCGUCCAACGCCUCGUCCUCAUGUUCGGAUCUAGCAAACAUCUUGCGGUCUCCGGCUCAGAGACUAAAGGAUCUCAGAUCUCAUCUAUAGGCCCCUCGGCCACAUCUUGCUCUAGCAUCUUUAUUUGAUGACGAAGGGCUCUCAUACAGGCCCAUCGGCCAUAUAUCUUGCUCCGUCAUCUUUAUUUGAUAACGAGAAGCUCAUCUAUAGGCCCCUCGGCCAUAUACCGCUCUGUCAUCUUUAUUUGAUGACGAAGAGCUCAUCUACAGGCCCAUCGGCCAUAUACCGCUUUGUCAUCUUUAUUUGAUGACGAGGAGCUCAUCUACAGGCCCAUCGGCCAUAUAUUAUUCUGUCAUCUUUAUUUGAUGGCGAAGAGCUCAUCUACAGGCCCAUCGGCCAUAUAUUAUUCUGUCAUCUUUGUUUGAUGACGAAGAGCUCAUCUACAGGCCCAUCGGCCAUAUAUUAUUCUGUCAUCUUUGUUUGAUGACGAAGAGCUCAUCUACAGGCCCAUCGGCCACAUAUCGUUCUGUCAUCUUUAUUUGAUGACGAGGAACUCAUCUAUAGGCCCCUGAGCCAUAUCUCGCCCCGUCGUCUUUAGUUGACGACGUGGAGCUCUUAUGCAGGCCCCUCGGCCAUACAUCGCCCCGUCGUCUUUAUUCGACGAUGUGGAGCUCUUAUCCAGGCCCCUCCGCCACACAUCGCCCCUUCGUCUUUAUUUGACGACGUGGAGCUCUCAUAUAUGCCUCUCGGCCACUACUCCCAGUCAUCUUUAUUUGAUGACGUGGAGCUCACAUCGGCCCAUCGGCCUCAUAUUCUGGUCAUCUUUAUUUGAUGAACCAGACAUCAUAUUAUGGACGGUCGCUCGACCCAUCCCUUAGUCAUCUUUAUUUGAUGACUAUGACUACUGAUCAUGACGAGCUACCCACAUCUAUGGAUCGGCCUCUGCCAUCCCCUCGCUGCAGCUCCACCUCUAGGCCGAAGGGCUCGCACCUUUUGUUUCGUUCUGGGGGCAUCCGAUGUACUCUUUUUCCCUCAUUACGAUUUUUUCCCACAGGGUUUUUCCUAAUGAGGUUUUUAACGAGGCAUCGCCCCAUUGUGGAUCAAAAGGUGUCAACCCUCGGCCCCCUGUUGCAGACAUCAUCAGACAUGCAUUACUCUACUCCUCUUCACCUCGUUACACUCGCCUCAAGGAGUGGGGGACUGGGAGAGCGGGGGACUUAGCGCCUUCGCUACCAAAGAAGCAGAAAUUCAAAAUUUUUGCAAGGAUUGCCACUCGCACCGACGACAUCAUCAUAUCACAUACAUAUUCAGCUGCCACAUCGGCCAGUACAUAUACAUAGCUCCCCGACCUCAGGACCGGUGGUGAUGGUCUCUGGUCUGCGACCUUCGGCGGAGGAUUAUCCCACAGGGUUGCCUCGGUCAGGGCUCGCCAAUGGGAUCGGAUCAUCGGCUUGGGAAUCCGGGCGAGGCGCUUCGGCGACGACAGCGGUUUACUCACCAGACGACGACAGAUCAGCACAUAGUUCUACUCUCUUUCGCCUCGAGUACUCUCGACUCAGAGAGUGGGGGACUCCUGAUAGAGUAUAUAGACUCGGACCCCCGGGUCUCACGACUAUUGGGCCCGGACAGCGGCCCACAUACCCUCAGUAGAUAGCAUUUGUCUCAUUGUACACUUUAUUUAUUCAGAUGUAUCCAUUAGAAUAGAUUAGAUAUCAUUUAUUAGCCCUUUAUUAGCCUUUUAUUGUAACUGGGCCAGCCAGGCCCAAGCCUGGAAGCCCAGCCCUCUUUUCUCCUAUAAAUACUCCCUAUGGGAGCCAUGUAAAGGGGGAGAUGAUUGGAUGGUUGAUUGGAAUUCAUUAUACAUAUCACUUUAUCUCUC